AUGGACAAAGCUCAGCUUCUAGUAGAGACAUUUGGCGAGUGGCCAGGCAAAGAUGAUAAACAAGUCAAGAACCAAUCAAUAACGGCAAAUCCUGGUGUACAAACAUCAGCCAAAAAACCCCGUAAGGGAAAGAAUUUAUCCAUACCCAAGGCUACUCAAAUACUGACAGGAUACAAAGAAGCCGAUGACCAGCGAGAGCAAGUCAGAGACAUUAUUGUAUACGAUAUUCUGUAUACCUGGGAUGUUGAGAAAAUAUUAGGAGAAUUAACAUUAUGGGGUCAUACUAUCAAGUUGUCAGUAAAAUGGCAGUAUAAAUAUCAGACUCUUAGAGUCAAAAUAGUUUUGAACUCAUUUACCCUUUCUCAAUUUAAUAAGUUUUGGACUACUGACCUGGGAGAAAUGACAAUGGCUACCUUGUGGAAUAACCGUAAACCACAAUUAUUUUUACAGACGUGUGGUAUUAGCACCUUUAAAAUUAUACAAACAAGUCGCUAUUUUGAGAAUUGGGAGACUACACUCAAGGCCUUAGAUACUCCUCAAGUUUUCCUUAAUGAUAAGGAGUUGAAAUGGUGUCAACACUCGAUCCCUACCUUGAAGAAGAAGCACAAGCCGAAGGCUAAAAAUACUCUGAACAAGAAGUCUAGUGGUACUGGACAAAGUUCAAAUAGUAAUCAGCCUAAAAAGAAGGAUAAGAAGUUCUCAACCAAAGCCACUAAGAAUGAUAACCAGUUGAUGAACCCAAAUUCUCAGAAGAAGGCAAAGAAUUUCUCAAAGAAUGAUAAUUCUCAGGAUAUUAAUGAUUACCUAAUGGAUGCGUCACCUUUUCUUGAGCAAGAUGUAGAUGAUCUAAUACGCCAAGGAUUCCAAAAACUACCAAAUCCAGUACCUAUCAAGCUUCCAUCAACGCCUGAUAUAGUAAUGACCCCUGUUGAUCACACUGUAAUACCCGAAAACUCCUGGAAGAAAGAUAAACAAAAGGCGCGUGUUACAGAUGAUAAACAAGUCGCGAACCAAUCAACAAAGGCAAAACCUGAUGUGAAAACAUCAGCCCAAAAUUCCCAUAAGGGAAAGAAAUCAUUUGAACCGGAAGCGACACAGAUACUGACAGGAUACGAAGCUGUCGAAGAGGAGCUUGAGCGAAUCUGA